AUGUGUAAGACAGCGCAAGGUUAUGUGAUCGCUGCUCCCAUACCUUGUCAUUGCAUGACCUACGUCUGCAAGUGUAUCUCAUGGAUGUGGUCCAGUGCACUCCCAGUCGUCCAGGAUGUAGGCAGCUGCUUCUUGCUUGGAUAUCUUAAGCUUCGAGAAGAUUUUCACGGAGCUUACGAUCUUCUUCUGGACAACGGCAACCCAACGCAGAGACGCUUGCUUGUGCCCACAAUGGUCAUCAUAGGGGAAGUUAGCGCAACGCUGCAGUUCGCCUUGGCCGAGUUGUGUGCUGGUGCGGCAGCCUCUAAGUGUGGGGAGACGGGAUUUGGAGUAUUACCAGAGACUACUUUCCUCACACCCAACCAACGAAGUUUCAGAUGA